AUUUCCAAUGUGCAUUCUAUAAAAUUUUUCAUAUUCUUGACAUUUUUGUAGACAAUUCUUUUUUCUUUUAGGUUAUCUAAUGACUAAUCGAAGUAUUUAGCAUUAUAGAAUUAACCAAAUGUCAGAUAUCACAGAAACUUCAAAUAUUGACAACGAAUGGUUAGAAAAGUCAGUUUCUGAUGGACGUAUCAGGUAUUAUGAAGCUUCAGAUUUCAAAGAUAUUAAACCAAUAGGAAGAGGUUCAUUCGGGGAUGUAUUUCGUGCUAAUUGGAGAAAUAUUUCUUUUGCUUUGAAAUCUUUUAAUGAUGAACAAACUCUUAAAGAAAUUGUUAAAGAGUUAAAAAUGCAACAGAAUGUUGAUUCUCACGAAAAUAUUUUACGAUUUUAUGGAAUUACUAAAUUUGAGUCAAAUUCAACUUGUCAAGCAAUAAAAUAUUCUUUAGUUUUGGAAUACGCUGAUGGUGGUACAUUAAGGGCAUAUUUAAAAAAGCAUUUUAAUGAACUUAAUUGGGAUGACAAAUAUCAGUUAGCAUCACAACUUGCAAAUGCUGUAGAGUUUAUACAUGAAUGUGAUAUUAUUCAUCGUGAUCUGCAUUCAAAUAAUAUACUUAUACGUAAAAAAAAUAUUAAAUUGGCGGACUUUGAAUGUUGGAAAUGUGAACCAGAUGAACGUCCAAAUAUACAAAAAGUAGUUUUAAC